AUGCCGCGCAUGCGCCCGGUAAUUCUCGAAUGCCGGGAAACCCAUGAACGCCGCGCAUGCGUCCUGAAACCCACGAACGCCGGGCAUGCGUCCGGCAAUCCCCGAACACCGCGCAUGCGUUCAAGGAAUCCACGAACGCCGCAGGAAGAACAAACUGAUGCCCUGAACCUGAGAACACUCGGGUAA